AUGGCCUUCCCACAGAAGCUGCUCAUCACUAUGCCUGCAGGAGGAGGUUGCCUCGGGGGCACGCUGUGGGCUUUCAUCUUCUUGGGUGUUCUGGCUGGCAUGCUGGUACCCUGGCCACUGGUGGGUGGCUUGGCCAACCCUGUGCUCUUGGAAAGAGGCUGGGGGACACUGCUGGGCUCCCAGCCCCAGGCUGGACUGCCUGGUGGGCUAUCCAGCAGUAACUGGGAGAGUGGCUAUUUGCUGGGGAUCAAGAGGCAGAGGAGACUAUAUUGCAACGUGGGCAUUGGCUUUCACCUCCAGGUGCCCCCAGAUGGCAGGAUCAGUGGGACCCAUGAUGAGAAUCCCUACAGUCUUCUGGAAAUUUCAACUGUGGACAGAGGUGUUGUGAGUCUAUUUGGAGUAAGGAGUGCUCUUUUUGUGGCCAUGAAUAGUAAAGGAAGACUUUAUGGAACACCCAGUUUCCAAGAGGAAUGCAAAUUCCGAGAAACGCUCCUGCCCAACAAUUAUAAUGCUUACGAAUCGGACCUGUACCGAGGGACUUACAUCGCUCUGAGCAAGCAUGGACGAAUAAAGCGUGGCAAUAAGGUGUCCCCCGCCAUGACUGUCACUCAUUUUCUGCCCCGGAUAUGAAGAAACCAGGAAGAAGGCUUACCUGGAGAGGAUCGUUUCUCUGAAUUUUGCACAAAUGAAUAAGCGUCCCUUUCCCACUCCUACCCCCAUGGAUGUCCCUUGAAUCAAGUGUUUUUAGUGUUCAUGGAUAUGUGUAUAUCUGGAAAGUGACCAGGAAAUUUCAGCCUUCUUAACAACAUUUGGUUGCCUGUUUGCUGCUCCUCCUAUCCCAAUUAUAUGGUUUUCCUGGUGCUUCCUAGAAAUGUCACCCUCUAGACACAGGAAGAGGGCCCCCGUCUCCCAGAAUGGCAAUGGAGUCUUUGCUGUGAUCUUAUACUGUAAUAGAAGGUAUAGAUGUCAGCCAUGGGAUACAAGUACACACAUGGGGCGUGUGUGUGUUUGUGUGCGCAUGUUUAUGCAUACUUAUAUGUCCUUAUAUGUACAAAACAGAGGCAUUUCAAGGCAUUGAGUUUCAUUUCUCCUGGCUUCAUGGCUACAGGAAUCUACCCACAAGUAUGUCACUUGUCAAACGGUCAGGAUUGAUGGAUGCUCUCUGAUAUGACCUCUUCUCUCAACUCUCCACUCAGAGGCCAGUGACUUCACAGCAAGCAGGGAGCAGCUGUCCUGUAAGUCCACGGAGUACAAGGCAAGAGAUUUCAACUAUGAACAGGAGGAAUGGUGAUUAGACACGCAAAGAUUCUUGACUCUAAGGCACUGGAAUGCAGUGCCUUAGGAGAGCUGGGGGUAUCUCUUUAAGAGUAAAAGGGGACAACAGCUGCCUAGAAUGGUUGAAACAGACCUGCCUGCAGGCAAAGGGUGAAUUGGAUGGUCCAAAGAGGUCCCUUUCACUGGGAAGACUCUCUUCAGAAUAAAGGCAGGGACAAGGCUUCCUGCCCGUAAUUCUUCUUUGUGUUGAAAUAUAUCGUUUUAACCUGGAAAGGCAAGGUGCCUCAUAUGGUCACCCCCUUUGAAGGAACAAGAAAGGGGUUGGAAAAAAUAGACAUGUAUCAGGACACAAGUGCAAAUACUAUGCAACAGCACCA